GUCAACGCCAAGAAUCCCGACGAGAAUGACGACAAAUGCUUCGAUCUGAUCCACGAGAAAGUGGCGGACUUGAGCGGGGCCCUGGAUGUGGAUACCCCGAUAGCGUUCCUCGUGUUGCUGAACGACGUGAACAAGUACGCGGAAGAGCAGAGAAAGAAGGUAGUGAGCAUGGAGGAAUUCCAGGCCAUCGCUGGGAGGCUGAAGAUGGAGCGACAGAUUCUGGAGGCUGCCUUAGUUUUCUUCAACAAGAUGAGCGUGUGGAUGUACGUGCCGUCGGUCCUCCCUGGUGCGGUGUUUGUCGACCCUCAGAUGCCACUGGACAGCAUAAAUCGAAUCGUCCAGUACAGCUUCCGGGUGGGGGGUGGUGCGAUUUCAGGGCUGGCUGCGAGCGAGUGUCGACUGUGGAAGGAAGGGGUGGUGAGCAGCGAGAUGCUGAAGGGAGAGGAGUUCCGUGGUUGCUUCGUGAGGGGUCUGUUUGAGGCAGGCGAUGCUCUGAAGCUGUUCGAGAAGCUUUACAUUGUAGCUCCUCUGAACGAGAGGGAGUUCAUAAUGCCUGCCAUGCUCCAGACGGUGGCAGAGAAGGAUAUGGAGCGAUAUGUGCCUGCCCCCAGUGAGCACGUGUCCCCUCUCUUUCUCCACUUCCACAUGUCCCGCAUCGCUAAAGGUGUGUUCUGCUCCACCCAUACCUGCAUGCGCUCCAAGUAUGGAUGGACCACGGCUUACACCAUGGUAAAAAGUAAGAUAGUUCCUGCUUGUCUCUUCCGCAAUGCCGUGCGGUUGCAGCAUCCGACAAAAGCAGUUGAAAUUACUCUUCUCCAUGCUUUGAAGCAUUUCGAAGUUCAUCUCGAUGCAUCACAGCCCGACCUGCCCAUCAUCUGUCCAGAAAUCCGUGACAUGCUCAUGGAUGCAGUGGAUAGUGCAGCGAGUGCUUUCCGCUUCAAGAAUUCGCGAGCCUCUGUAGCCUUCCAGUGCCCCUGCAGCCCAGACGACGUGCACACAGCCACUCUAAAUGAUGCCCACUCCAACCUCAUCUGCACACUGACGGGGAAGAACAAUCGAGGAGGCCUUACACCUGCUCAGGGGGUGUGGCUUGGACCACAAACUGCUCCAGUCGCCGAGUCAGCUACAACUUCUCUCUCGACUAGUGAACCUGUGUCGUCUCUCACUGACCCUCCCUCCCUGUCCUCUCCGUCUUCCAGAAUGGCUGAGACUAGCAGACUGCGGAGAUGGACACAGAAAGUGCGAAGUUUGUUUUCAUCCUCAUCCUCAACUACUCCUUCUCACCAACAUCUCUCUGCACCUCCAUCAAGAAUGGUCCCCCAGUUGGUCAGUAGCUCACGGACGGGAGAGAGAGACACAACACGGAUUGGAGAUGCACUUAGAAAAGAAAGCAGUUCUACAGCUGAGUGUUCCAGUCCUCAAGAUGGUUCACUUGGAGAGGAAGAUCUGGUGGAGAUAACAGACCAGCUGAUGGAUCUGGACCAGUCUGAUAUCUACAACCUGGGUCUGGUCCUGGGACUGGCUCAUCGCCGUGUGGUGGAUCUGAGACAAAACAGCGGAUCCAACCUGGCCUUCCUGGAUGCAGUGGUCCUACACUGGCUGCAGAGAGACGACCAUGUGAAGGAGGUGUCCUGGGCAGCUCUUGUUAAGGCUCUUCGCCACCAGAGACUGGGUCACACUGGAAUUGCCACCUCCAUUGCCGAGAAAUAUGGAACACAAUUAUGACCCAUUUAAUUGCAUGACUGCUUCUAUAUAUACACUCGCAACAGAGGGUAGGAAUGGUUUUAUGUUUGAAGUUGGCAGCAGAAAGGUUCAUGCAAGCCAUUCGCACCAUUCAAAAUAGCCUCAUUUUGGUCUCGGAUAUUUUCCAGCAGCUUAGUUAGAGAGGUCUGCUGUGGGGAGAGUUUGUGGACGAAAGUUUUGGUUGGAGAGGGAGGGAGCUUGUACAUUUGUGUUGUUAAUAUGCCUAUGGAAGAAGUGCUUGCGAAUUUAAAAAAAAGAGGCAUAUAGGGAUGGUAUAAAAAGAAAGGGAGACAAGAUGGGGAUGGGAUAGAUGAAACAUGGUUAAUGAACAGAUUUAAGUACGCUGACACCCCCAACCCCAUCACAACAAUCCCUAUAUUGUUGCCUAGGUGAAGUACUAAACAUUCAACAUUGCAAAAUUGUCUAGCGAGUUUAUUGUUAGUAUAUACGACAAACAGCCAACAUGUUUUAUUGCCCAAUUCACAAUUACGGCAAGCAGACUACGAGUUUUUUUGCCACCUCACCUAGUCAGAAGUCACUACAUAGAGCCUGUCUUCUCCGGUGAUGAUGUGGCUAUGGUGGCCUGAGGUUUAUUACAGACGGAAUCCUGCAGAUACCAAAUGGCAUGGGGUACCCUAGAGUUUACUAGAGUGCACUGGGGGUACACUGGAGUUUACUAGAGAAAUUACUGAGGGAGUUUACUAGUGGCCUAUAUACUAGAUUACUGAGGGGUACCCUGGAGUUAGUAGAGAAAUUACUGAGGAUAUUUUUAAUAUUUCACGAGUACGG